GAGUCUCUCGUUCAUCCAAUACCACUUUCACCUUCACCACCAAUUCCAGCACAACCGUCACAAUGAAGCAUUUAGCAGCCUACCUUCUCCUCAACCUCGCCGGCAACACCACGCCAUCAGCGGACGACAUCAAGGAAGUCCUCGGCGCAGUCGGCAUUGAGGCGGACGAGGACCGUCUCAGCCUUCUUCUCAAGGAGCUUGAUGGCAAGGACAUGAACGAGCUCAUCUCCCAAGGUACCGAGAAGCUCGCAUCCGUUCCAUCUGGCGGUCUUGGCGGUGGUGCUGCUCCCGCCGCUGCUGCCGCGGGUGGUGCUGCACCCGCUGCCGGUGGCGCUGCUGCUGCUGACGAGGCCCCGGCGGAGGAGGCCAAGAAGGAAGAGGAGAAGGAAGAGUCUGAUGAGGACAUGGGCUUCGGUCUGUUCGACUAAGCGAGUCGCACUUCG